UGCCAUUUUCCCUCGCUCGAUUUUCAAAAACGAAACACCACCAACAUCAACUGCUACCACCGCCCGCGACAAGACAACAAGACAAUCGCAGACACUCAAGAUGACAGCCGCGCAGGCUUCGACACCGGGAGAGGAUUCAAACAACAGUACCGCAAUGUCCAGCUCUGAAAAGGGGAAAACCAAAGAGCCUGAGCUCAUGACAAGCCUGUCGACAAACGACGCUGGCGUUCUUGCGCGCGCAUAUUUGCAAGCAGCAACAGACGAGUUCAACAACCUUUUGGGGGACGCUCAGCUAGGCCCCGACUCAGACUACCACACCUCUGUCGAGCAGAUCAAAACAAUCGCCGCCAAGUACGACCUCAAAGCCUCUCCUGUGUCACCAAAAUAUAAGGCAAAGAAUUAUGUCAAGAGCUUGCUGGAGGAGCCCUACACGCAAAACAUCAAGAACCUGCUCCAGCAAGUCCGCAGUGUGCUGGAUGAGAAAAAGCAGAUACCAAUGGACGACGUGGAAGACUUCCUUCAGAAGCUUGACAACGUGACACGCAAAGGGCUGUCCGAAGAGCAACGGCAGUUUCGACAAGCUUUGGAGUCAAGCGUAACCCCCAGCAGCGCUGCCAAGGAGAAGGAGAAGGACAAGGACUCAGCCCACAGAACAGUCUAUGCGCAGCCGUUCUCUGCCGAGCUUCUCUGCCCCAACUGGCACCUGCACAACGAGGGGUUUCAACGGGCAGUCGAUCAGGGCACAAAGAGGGGCUUUGGCUUUCUCGUUCCGAAGCGAGAGACGCUCUUCAACGACCGUAUGCAAGCGCCCCUCAUCAGGGCGUGUGGUGAUGCAAAAGUGGACGUCAAGAGUCACGCAUCAUUUGAGAGUGACCCCGCUGUUGUCGCCGACUAUGUUGUGCGUCUGAUGUCAAACUACUUCUUCUACCCGCUGUUGCUUGAGCUCAAGAUCGAUGACAGCAAGCAGACACAGGAUGCUGCCAAGGCGCAGGUGCUGGAGUACGCAUCACGGGCCAUCAAGUCUGCGGGAUCGCAGUGGCGUGCUUUGAAAGGGUAUUUGUUUCCCUUUGCCAUCACCGUCUGCGGGAAGAAGGUGUCCGUGUACGCGUGCACGCUGGGCGAUGAGGUGCACGGCGACGAGGCCUUUCCCAGCGUUCUCCACACAAAACUUUGCGACACCGACUUGGAGAAACUCGGGAAUGUCAUUGAGUGGCUGCUUGACGAAGAGCACAUGGCGCAUUACGAGAAUAUUUCCGCCAUUGCCCAGGGCCGUCUCUCCACCCUUGAGGAACACCCUAACGAGAAUGGCAACGCGACCACAAGCAGCGCCAGCACCAGCGACAAGGAAGAAGCAGCCCAGUCAGAGUCCCCGCCGCCGCCGCCGCAGCAGCAGCACGCACAGGCACCAGGCACAAAGACAGCCACAGGCAAAACCAAGCCCAAGUCCAAACCCCCAAGAAAGCAGCAGCAGCGUCAGCAGGCAAAGGGAGACAGGCCCAUAACUCGCAGCGUCUCCAGGGUGUCACAAACACGCGGCACCGGGCGUUCUGAUUCGGGCAAGAAGAAGGCCCGCCCAUCCACAGCACAGCGGCGUCAGCAGGCAGGCCGAAGCAGGAGCCCAACGCCGCCUCAACGGCAGCGGCAGCACGCACAGGCAGCAGGUUCCCCCACCACACCAGCAACAGUGCCCAAGCACACCAAGGCAGCCACCAAGACUGACACAGCAGACAGCAGCAAGCAGGAGCAGCAUCAGCUUGCGGUCACCAAAGCAGCACGGGCGAGGUCUGCCAGAGUUGCCGCGAGAUACGAGAUGUGCGUCUUCAAAGGCGGCAAGAAGACUGUGUCGGUUGCACUGGUUAACGGCGAGGUGUUGAAGGUGUGCGGCGGCCACGAGAUUGGCGCUGCCAAUGAGGCUAGCAACGAACGGAAAGGCUGGCAACACGUCUAUCCAGAGGAACCGGUGAAAGUGCACGAGCGGUCACGCCCCGUGUUUGCCUGUCCCGACCUAUCGAAUCAUAUAACGGUCGAGAACGUCGAGAGCGAGGACAUGGACGACGGGCAGGUGCUUGAGGCCGCUGCUGAGUACCUCCUCCGCUUGUCGAAAAGGGAUCUAUGCCACUGCGACAUUCGCUCGCACAACAUCCUGCGCAACGGCUGCAUCGUCGACUUUGGUUUCCUCCAUAGCCCUGUCAGUGACCCUGAACAGAAGAAGAAGAAGAAGCUUCCCAAAUCUUAUUCCACGAAGCUACGGGAGCGCCCUCGCAAGUGGCUGCUUGGAAAGGCAACGGACUAUUAUCCAAAAGUUGUUCUGGAUUGGGAAUCGCUGCUGUUUUCGUACGUGUUCUGGGAUGAUUCUGUUGCCAACGCCAUGUUCCGGCUGUUACAGGGCAAGGUGAUCCUGCUGGAGUGGCUUGACGCCAAGCUGGACAAGCUGGACAAGGACGAGAAGCAGGCGACAGCAGCACUGCAGGACAAGAGCGACGACGACAAGAAGGAGGAGACAGCAGCGCUGCAGGACAAGAGCGACGAAGACAAGAAGGAGGAGACAGCAGCGCUGCAGGACAAGAGCGACGACGACAAGAAGGAGGAGACAGCAGCUCUGCUGCGCAACAUUAUGCAGCACAUUGCUUGCGCGUACUUCUAAAUGGAGUGCGCUGCGUGUGGUUGUGUGUGUGUGUGUGUGGCAUGGACAGAGUGGGAAAGUGCGCGCGCACGUGUGUGUAUGAGUGCGAGAAGGUUCAUGUGUGUGCGUUGUUUGAAUGGAUAUGCGUGCGGGUGUGUGUGUGUGUUGUGGGGCUGGAGACGAUGAUGGUUGCUUCCCUCUUUAAAGCGACCCUUGAGUAGUGUGAUGUUCGUGUUUUGUGUGUGAAUUGUGAUGCAUUAAAUGGCCCUGAAUCCUCG